UCCGCGAGCGAUCGUCUCGAUCGAACGCGAGAGGUUGCAGUGUCGAUUGGUGGUGCCGUUCGGAGACUAUUAAUUUCUACGAGGAGCCGAGACAGAAUGUCCCAGAAUAACUUACUUCAAAGCUACAACUGGGAAGCGCAAUACGAGGAUGGUCAGGUACAAUUCACUCGGCCGAUUCAGGAGGAGGUGAUAAGUGUCUACGAAGUCUAUGUCAAGGAGGAGACGAUCGGCGGCGGCGGCGGCGGCGGGGAAACGAGGACCGACGUGGAAGCCGGCAGCAAUGACGCGAUUCGCCUUCCCGAACGAAUCGAUCGGAUGACGAACUCCAGGUUUCCGGCGAGCCUGAGCACGCUCAGCGCCGGACCAACAGGUCUCGUCUUCGAGGCAGACUGCAUGGAUCUCGAGGCAGCCAUCGACUCCGAGGCGAUAAGCUUCGACGGUACAGGGAGCAAACUCCUUCCGAAGGAUUCCAUUAAGUACAAGAUCCUGGACGAGGCUUCCAACGUGUCCGAGGAGAAUUCGGUAGUGGUGUACUCGCAUCCUGCGCCACUUCCCACGGCAGUUCAGAGUUCAGGGCUCGUUGCCGGGAUCGGCGCCAGCAACGACAACGGCAGCAGCGUCCUCGGCACGGUUACCCUUUCGAAUCUGGCGCCUUCGGUGGCUUCUUCCUCCUUCGCGUCCCUGUCCUCGUCAUUGCAGCUGACAGCGCCGACGACGUUGCCGUCGACGUCCACAUCUGCCACGGCGACUCGACUGAUCGACAAGGACGACCCUCGAUCUAGGCUUCACUUUGUCAAGUAUCUGAAGCGCGAGGGAAAGACUCUGAAGAUUUGGGAGUGCGGUAUUUGUUCCAAGGAGUUCCGACACCAGUACACCUUGAUGAGACACUUGCCGACCCACACCGACGAGAGAAACUUCAAGUGCGACGCUUGCGGCAAAGCCUUCCGACAGUUGUCGACGCUUAGCCAGCACAAGGCCAUUCAUAGCGAUGCCAGACCCUACGUUUGCGAAUUUUGCAAGAAGACUUUCAACAGAGUGUCGACGCUCAUCUCCCACCGGAAAACUCACUCGGAGCACAAGCCUCACAAAUGUCAUCUGUGCGGCAAAGGAUUUCAUCAGAAAGGCAACCUCAGGAACCACGUGUUCACGCACACCAACGAGCGACCGUACAAGUGCGAGCUCUGCGGAAAAGGCUUCAACCAGAUGUCGAACCUCGUCUGCCACAAAGUCAAGGCACACGCUCACGCCGAAAAGAUGCAGUACGCCUGCGGCAUAUGUGGCAAGGAAUUCCCACGGAGGUUCUCCCUGCGAUCGCACGAGGAGUACAAGCACGGCAUCAAGUAUCGUCAGCCCGGUGGCGUGCAGUCGGCACAGUCGGCGCAGUCGGCGCAGUCGGGACCUGCAGCCAACGUCAACCAAGGGAGCAAUCUGAAGAUCUUGCAUGCGAGUGGCGGAAGCGGCGGUGAAGGCGAAUGCAGUGCCGGGGAUGGUAACGCUAAGGGAUUAGGGCUCGAUAAGAGUUCGAUUCAUCGGACGAGGGAGGGGAGCAACGACCUCAGCAUGUUCGAGUACAUGGGAGGGGAGGAAGUCCAAGGCAUGCUAGAGAACACUAUCAUCGGGAGGAUUGCAACUAAAGCCAUGGAGAGUGCUCUUCUUCAGGGUCAGACGCCGUUCGCCCUGUUCAAACCACUAAAGGGCAUUCCCGUCCUCGUGAAAGUGUCGCCCAGUGGCGCCGACAAACACGUUCUCACGGCGGCUACCGCUGAGGAUCUCCGACUCGCUGGGAAAAUCACCCUCGACUCCAGUCUCAAUCUAAGCGACUUGGACGGCUUAAAGGCUGUUCAAAUUAAGGUACCCGUGGUAGCAACCAUCACUCAGAGCAUCGAUGCCAACGGAAAACUCAGCUUCUUCGUUGAAGCACCUGCCAGCGGCCUCGAUCUGGAAAAAGAUGGGUACGUCGAAUGUGGCGCCGGUGCUCUGAUUACCGAGCCGAUGGAGGCUCAUCUCGCCUAUAGCGAGGAAACGCGACUCGGGGACGUCAGGACUCAGGCCGCUGCAUUCGAAGAAAUCGAACUCGAUAGGGUCCGAGGAAAGGGCGUCGUCGGGGCAAAGAGAAGGUUCAGAAUGAAAUCGAGAGAGAAAGAUAAUAAGGACGUAGAGAAGGAGAGGGCGGCGAUUACGUCAGGCGGCUCUGAGGAAGUGCCGUCGAUGCUGUCCGUGUUACCGGGAGGACCGGAACAAACCGAAGAGCCGCAAGAACCAGGGGACUGCGACAACGAGUUGCUCGAGUUGGCUGCUCAGGGUGGAAUCCAGUUCGUCCGGGCGACAGAGGACGGACGUUACGAAGUUAUGAGCAACAGCGAGGCACGAGACUUGAUGGCUCAGAAUUCUCACGACAUGACCAUUCUGGACGGCAAGGACGCAGAGAGCAUUGGCUUCCUCGAUAUUCGCGCGACGCCCGACGUCGCGACUGCCGUCGCCGGUUGCGAGGUCGCCGAUCAGGUGAUAAUCGGUGAUGUCGGGCAGCAGAUCAUGCUUCUCGAUUCGUGCUCCCCGCCAAGGACCUCACCGCUGCAGGUCGAUGAAAUCGAGAUCCUCGAGAAUAAGGAUAUACGGGUCCUUGAGAGCAGGUCGACGAGCAUAGAGGAGCGGCUCACUGACGGAAUUGCAUUCCUCUCCCAUUCGAAGAUCGGCGAGCUUAUGCUCGAGCCCCGCGACCUCAGCCUGGACGUCGACGGCGUUCCCGUCGUUGAGGCCGACAAGGAAGGUCAGUGGAGCGAGUAUAAUAUCCUUUGUAGCGUUCUCCUUAACGACGUCGUUUGCUCCGUCGAACGAGGAGCCGGAGGUACGUGCGGUGCAGGGGCCCACCAUCUUCGCUAUCACCAGCACCACCAUCAUCUUUACCAGCAACAGAACCAGCAACCCCACCAGCACCACCAUCACCACCACCACCACCACCACCAUCAGCAGCAGCAGCAGCAGCAGCAGCAGCAACACCAUCAUCAUCAAUGCCACGAGUGUUCAUUUGCUACGGAGAGUAUUUUUGGAGAGCACGCGGCUCAGUCUUCUGUCUCAAGGCCAAGCGACAGCGUCGGCCGAGAUGUCAACGUCAACAAGGGCGAUGGGAACGAGGAGCUUCUUCCCGAAUACAGAGUGCCUGAUGAAAAAGAAUACGUCCAAAUGGAGCAGCAGUCGCUUGAUGAAUUUGACGUAAGGAAGAAACUUUCCGAAUUGGCGUCAGUCUUGAAUUUACAGUCUGUCCAAGAAGAAAACAUUACUGUCCCGAGGAAUCGUUCGCAGAUUAAGAUUCUUGGAGGUAGGGAACAUCACGUCUCGCGAAUCCUGCCGAACAGCACCGAGAGAGCACCACCAAAGUUGAGUUCUGCGGGCGGAUCGAAUCAGAUCAAAAUCUUAGGCGCAAAGAAACAUCAAUCGUCGCCAUCUCGGCGAAACGUACAGCGGAACGAGGCCUCUUCGGAACAUGCGGACGAGCAUGAUCUUGGCUUGACCGCUGACAAUGUCGUCACUACCCUAGAGCGGAAGAACGUGAAGAUUCUCGGUCGAAGACUGAAGAGGGUGGCACUUCCGGAAAACCAGACUCUCGAGGGCGUGAAGGGAACUGGUCGUCUCGGAGAUGACUCGAGAAACGAGGAUCCAAGUAAGAAGAGACACAAAGCCAGAGAGAAUCCUGAGAGGAGCGUAGAUCUGACCGAAGGGACGAUCACGGCAAGCAUGCGUGAGGGCAUCGAGGACGUGCAGGACGUGCAGGACGUGCAGGACGUGCAGGACGUGCAGGACGUGCAGGACGCACGAAUGGAAGAGUCUUUGGUGGGGCAGGCGACUCGCGCCGAUUCUUUGGCUGCGGACUUCCUCCUGAGUGCCUGCAGCCCGUGUCCAGCCGACUUUCUCAAUUUCGAAGCCCAGGAUUCCGAGAGUUCUGCAGAGGCUGUCGAUCGUUUUGAGAGACAUUGCCAGAGAGAACGAGAAUAUGUCAUGGCUGGAUUACCUGAUCUGGAUUAACGUUUAUUUCUUUAUUCGUUUAUACGAGACUAAUUUAUACAAUUUCAAUGUGUCUAUGAGCACUCGCUGCUCGCUGCUUCUCUCUCGCUCCCUCUUUUCUUUCCCUGCGUCUCACUCUUCCGGCUUUUCAUUCUUCCUCUCUUUCUCAACCCUUUGCUUGCUUUUACAUACACCGCAAUUAGAAGUUAUAAAAUUUUCAUCAUUACACAAGUUUUACAUUUCAUCAAAUGUUUUUUAUUACCUAUUCUUGAUAACUAAUGACGAUUUGAUAACUUGAAUUAGCAAAAUUAUAUUGUAUUUCAGAAGAAAGUGUAGCCUUCUCCAAU